AUGUUUCCGGUCAGACAGCCUUGGCUUUGCAAAGCCUUAGGUUGUUAUGAUUGCUGUAUCCGGUGCUUGGGGGCAGUGCCCUACCCAUCUCUGGUGGCCACCUUGCUGUGCUAUGCCGGCAUGGCUCUGUUUUGUGGCUGCGGGCACGAAGCUUUAACCCAGACCGAAGUCCUGAUCGAGACUUACUUCACCCGCAAUGAGCAGGACUACGAGGUCGUGGCUUCUUUCGUCCAGUACUUCCAGUACGUCAUUUACGGCCUGGCCUCAUUUUUCUUCCUCUAUGGUAUUCUGCUGCUGGCAGAAGGCUUCUACACGACAAGCGCGGUCAAGCAGACCUUUGGGGAAUUUCGAAGCACCCAUUGCGGCCGAUGCCUCAGCUUAACGUUUAUCAUCGUGACGUAUAUCUUGGCCUUCAUCUGGCUGGCGGUGUUCGCCUUUACUGCGAUUCCCGUCUACUUCUUGUUCAACAUGGAGCAGACCUGCCACGACGUCAACAUCCUGGCUGAAAGCACCCCCAGCAUAAAUCAGCACAGCUGGAUUUGCAUGGACGCCAGGCAAUACGGGCUGCUUCCUUGGCAUGCAACGCCGGGCAAGUCUUGUGGAAUGACCUUGGCAUCUAUUUGCAAAACGAGCGAAUUUCAUCUCACCUAUGACCUGUAUAUUGCCACAUUUGCUGGUGCUGGAAUCACUCUCCUAGCAUUGAUCCUGUUCUUGGUCGCAACCACCUACAACUACGCAGUUUUGCGGUUCCUAGGCAGGAAAGGUGUGCGCUAA